CCUGCCCCGCGCCCCGGGAUUACAGAUGGUCGUUCAGCUCCGCCCCGCGCCCCAGCUGCCCGGCAGGAUGGCCGAAGGGAGCCAGCCCAAAGUGGAAGCCAAUAUCCUGGUGCUGGGAGCGGAGAAAGUGGGGAAAUCCGCUCUGACAGUCCGAUUCCUCACCCGGAGGUUUAUUGGUGAAUAUGGAGAUAUUGAAUCCGUUUACACGCACAACGGGAUGGUCGGAGGCAGAGACGUUUGCUUCAGCAUCUGGGACUCCACCUGCCCCCAGACCGCCGAGCUCCAGGGCUGGGUGAGUGAGAAGCAGCUGCGCUGGGCGGACGGCUUCGUCGUGGUCUACAGCAUCUGUGACCGCUCCAGUUUCCAGCUGGCCCGCCAGCAGCUCCAGCGCAUCCGGCAGCUGAAGCGACGGAGCGGUUCCGAGAAAGUGCCCGUCAUCCUGGUGGGCAACAAGCGGGACCUGCAGCACCGGCGGGCCGUCUCCAGCGAGGAAGGGCGGCUCCUGGCCCUCUCCACAAACUCGGGUUUCUUUGAGAUCUCGGCCGCCGAGACGUACCACGGUGCCCUGGUGGUCUUCCACGAGCUCCUUGACCUGGUGCGGGACUCCAGGAGCUCCGGCAAGAAGGCCGUGGGCAUCCGCGGCAUCGUCCGCACCAUGUCGGCCGUCUUUGGGAGGAGGAGGACAGAAUAAGUGAGGAGGGGUCCCACGAAGAGAGCUCGGAUCCUGGGGAAAACGGAACGUAGCCGGAAUCACGCCCCAGUGGCUUGGGUGUCGCUGGUUCCUCAGUCUGGCAUGGAGCGUGGCAUCGGAUGAGCCCCUUGGCAAGGGUCCAUGGCGAGAGCCAGGGGGAAGCAGCUCUGUGUGUGUGUCGCCAGCCUUCUCGGGUGGGAGCUCUGGCUGGGGUCUGCGAUAUAAUCAGGGUGGUAAUUACAUUCCGCCUCCCUACCUGUGCCCGCUGGCAGUUUCCACUGGAGGAACGAUUCUCCACCUGCCCCUUCCUUAAAAUUGUGACCGUGUGGCUGUUAAAGAGCUGCUGCGCUCUGCCCCAGAGGUGGGUGCAUUUCAUGGGGUGGGUGAAUGAGCGAUGUUUACAGUGAACCGGGUUUGUCAAGUGGACAUUGGGUGCCCAGGUCUCCCCGAUGCCUGUGCAGAGUGGGCGUGUAACACUAGCAACCCUGAAUGGCAGCAUUUUACGGGCACUUUGACUCCAGAGGGCCAAAAUCCCUGCUGGAGGAAAUUUGCACUGCUCCGUGUAAGUGCACCAAAUUUGGAACACAAGGCAGCAGCGAAGCUGUCACCCAGAUCCCAUAUUUGGAUGAUAUGGUCAGUAUAUGGGACCUGA